ACGGGAACUGACAGAACUUAAAGUGGCUUUUGACAAUGAACUGUUCGUUUGUACACGACCAUAAACGUGUCCGAAAGUGAACAUCUCUUGUCUUCCCUCUCUCUUCUUUUGACUAAAACCUAAACAAACAAACAAAAAAAAAGAGUUGACUUUUCAAUUCUCUCUCCAGUAGCUGCUGGCUGUAGCUCCACACUCGCACAACCACAUGUAUACCUGAAAAAGCGAAACAAGAAACCUCUCAAUCUUUUCCACAAAUGACGGAACCGCCACCAGGUAUCGACAACGGAGGCGUUCCCCUUUCGCUUACGUCAACCUCAGCGGAGGUUACCGCCGCCGCCGGAUCGAAACGAUCCAGGAGACCGAGCGUUCGAUUAGGCGAAAUCGGCGGCGAGCAUCACCACCUCGAUUCCCAGGGGAGGAAACCCAAGUGGAACAAGAAAGAUACGAUCAAACCGUCGACCAAGACUCGGGCUUUAACGAAUUUGAGUUCUGGGUACGAGAAUCUCGGAGCCCUCGAUGAUGACGAGAGAGUGGGAAAUGUGGAUCCUUUCGGUGUCGGGAGCUGGCGGGUCAAGAAACGGGUCGGGUCAGCGGCGAAGCGGGUACGAUCCAAUUGGGUAUCGAGAAAUGGCGACGAAUCAGGAGGUGAGUUUAGGGAUUUCAGUAGACAAGACUCGGAGAGUCCAUUAAAAGAAGAGUCUUUAGUUAGAGAUGGCAAUAGUAGUGGGAACAGGGAGUUUGAGUUGUCUAUGGAGGGAGGAGGAGGAGGAAGAGAAGGGGUGAAGAUUUGGUUGGAAGAGUUAGGGUUAGGGAGAUAUUGGCCAGUGUUUGAGAUACAUGAGGUUGAUGAUGAGGUUUUGCCUUUGUUGACGUUGGAUGAUUUGAAAGAUAUGGGGAUUAACGCCGUUGGGUCUAGGAGGAAGAUGUUUUCUGCCAUCCAGAAACUUGGUAGAGACUUCUCAUGAUAGUUGGGGAGAGGAAAAAUGGUUGUUGUUUUAGUUGGUGAGAUAGUCAAGUCAGGUCAGGUCAGCCAUGACAAUCAUUGGCUACAGUAGUAGUAGAGGUAGAAGUGGCAAAAAGAAGAAGAGUUUGGAGUAAGAAGGUGGUUUUUACUCGUUGAUAUCUCUCUUUACUUCACUUGAGCUGAUGGUCUUGAGGAUAAGGGAACUUGCAAUAGAGGAGUUUGAAGGAGAUGAAACUAGACGGUUUCAGUCUAGCUUUUUGAUUAGCAUUUAGCUUAUCUCAAUAUGUAGAAACAGGAGCAGGAAAAUAUUUGAUUCCGGUAAGGUCACCUACUUUGCUUAUAACCUGUCAUACAUCAUAUGCAAAGAAUGUUUAUUAGAGUUUGGAUCUAUAACACAUCAACCUCUGGGGCUUGGAAUGCAAGAUGUUUACCUCUAAGGCUUUAAUAAGAUCUGGUUUGGAAUGAGAUGCGGAUAUGCAAAUACGAGCCCUUCCUAGCAUUAGAGGUGUAGCCGGGAAACCGACCACGGCGAUUGCAACCUGUUCAUAGGCUUUCAUAUUUUCUUAAUAGUUUGCUCUCUCUCUCUUAUAUAUGUGGAAGCAAAAAAAAAUAAGAAACUUACAUUUUCUCGCAAGCAUUCCCUAGAGAAGGCAGGGAUUUUAGCUGGA